AGGCCGGCCGAGGGCCGAGAGCUGCUGCCGGGGCGAGCCGGUCGGUGCGUGCGGAUCGCGUGGCGGCCCCCCGAGAUCUAUCCAGAGCGCGCCUUCCGAAGACGGGCGCUUCUGCAGCCCUCCGGCGGGCGGCCUUCGGGAGGAGCGGCCCCGCCCGCCCGCGCCUUCCGGUGUAUGUUGAAGCUUAAGAUCCAUCCCUGCCUCCCUGGGACUGAGGGGCGGAAAUUCCUAUUUAUUGACCCUUUGGACUCGCAGCUGACUGAAACGCGUCGGCAUUCUUUCUCUCUGGACUGAGCGGCCCUUCCAGGGCGCAAGAGGUCUCCCUGAUCUUCACCCACCUUCUCUGCUGCCAUGGAUACGGAGUCGACCUACUCGGAAUACUCCCACUACUCCGGGCACUCCAAAAAGUCCCAGAGGCAAGGGAGCCGAGACAGGCACAAGUCACCCCGGAGCAAAGAUGGCAGUCGGUCUGAGAAGUCGGUCACCAUUCAGGCACCUCCUGCAGAGCCGUUAUUGGGGAACGAUUCUUCUCAGAUGGAAGAGACUCAGGAUGAUAACUGGGGUGAGACGACGACAGCCAUUACGGGUACCUCCGAGCACAGUGUCUCCCAGGAGGACAUUGCCAGAAUUGGCAAGGACCUGGAGGACAGCGUUGGUGUGGACUGCAGGCGUUACCUUGUAUUCACGGUGGCCGCCGUCCUCGGGCUCCUGGUCUUCCUCACGCCUAUUGCCUUCAUCCUGCUCCCGCAGAUCCUGUGGAGAAACGAGCUGCAGGCCUGUGGCACGGCCUGCGAGGGACUCUUCAUCUCCGUGGCCUUCAAGCUCCUGAUUCUUUUGAUCGGGACGUGGGCGCUCUUUUUCCGCCAGCCCAGGGCCAGCCUCCCGAGACUGUUUGUGUUCCGCAUCCUCAUUCUGGUCCUCAUAUUUCUGCUGGUCUUCUCCUAUUGGCUUUUUUAUGGCGUUCGCAUUUUGGACUCCAAGGACCUCGACUAUCAGGGAAUAGUCCAGUUUGCCGUCUCGCUGGUGGAUUCUCUUCUUUUUGUGCAUUACCUCGCUAUCGUGGUGCUGGAGCUGAGGCAGCUGCAGCCGAUGUUCACGGUCAAGGUGGUUCGGUCGACAGACGGAGAAUCACGCUAUUAUAGUUUGGGGCACGUAAGUAUCCAACGUGCUGCUGUGGUCAUUUUGGAAAAUUACUACAGAGAUUUUGUAGUCUACAACCCAACGCUGAUCACAGCUUCCAAAGCGCGUGCCACAAAACACAUGGCUGGUCUGAAGGUCUACAAUGUUGACGGGCCCGAUAACAACGCCGCCGGUCAGUCCCGGGCCAUGAUUGCCGCCGCUGCUCACCGCCGAGAUUCCAGUCACAACGAGCUCUACUAUGAGGAAGCCGACCACGAGCGCAGGGUCCGAAAACGUCGAGCGAGGCUGGUGGUUGCGGUGGAAGAAGCGUUCACCCACAUUAAGCGUCCCCAGGCGGAGGAGCAGCAGAAAGCCCCGGGAGAGGUGAUGGACCCCCGAGAGGCGGCGCAAGCCAUCUUCCCGUCCAUGGCAAGAGCCCUGCAGAAGUACCUCCGCACGACUCGGCAACAGCACUACCACACCAUGGAGAGCAUUCUGCAGCACCUGGCGUUCUGCCUCACCAACAACAUGACCCCAAAGGCCUUCCUGGAGCGUUACCUCAGCCCAUGUCCGACCUUGCAGUACGACAGGGACCGUUGGUUGUCCAAGCACUGGACGCUGGUUAGCGAGGAAGCCGUUACCAAAGGAUUAAGGGACGGGGCGGUGUUUGUCCUCAGAUGCCUGGACUUCAGUCUUGUCGUGAACGUGAAGAAAAUCCCCUUCAUCAAACUCUCGGAGGAAUUCAUUGACCCGAAAUCUCACAAGUUUGCCCUCCGCUUACAGUCCGAGACAUCUGUCUAGGGAGGCACGUGCCAUGGGGGUAAGAAGAGGGCAUUUCCCAGCAUCCUGCUUUUGGCUUUGGGGAGUUUUAAUUCUUCCCCAUUAUCCUGAGUGAAACCGACAAGAGACGGAUCAGGAAUAUUUUGUCCAUCGGCACUUUAUCUGGAAAGGGGGGGGGGGGUCGGGGCGAUCUCUUCAGAAAGACCCGAAGAGGAUCAGCUUAGGUUAAGUCAUCAGGAGUGAAUUCCCGGCCUCGGGUUGUACACAUCGCAGCUGACGUGGCGUUCCACUUUUCCUUGGCACCUUGCCUUAGACAAGCGGGCGUAUGAAUUCCACUGCCCCGCCCUGCUAGGCUCCAGCUCUCUAUGGAAAGUCCUUGCUUUGCUUAGCCUCUGACACCGUCAGCUUUGCUUCAGUUCAGACACCGCACCACACCCCGGCUUGUGCUCGCCAUACUUUGGGGCCCGAGCCUGAAUCUGAGUUUCCAAAAACACCACCUGCAAACCCAUGACUCGGAGCUGUCUGGUUCCGUUUCAUUUCCCGGGCUCUGCUUCAUAACGUUCGGUCGUGAAAAGA